AUGGCAGAGACGCCAAAGAAGCGAGUGACCAUCGCAGGGCGGGAAAAAGGCCCAGGACCUGCCCGUUAUGCCCUGCCCCCCACCAUUGGUUUCAUGCGUCACGAUGUCACCAAACCCACCAGCCCUGCAUUCACCUUCCACGGAAGGAUGAGUGACCACCUCUACAGCAUAGACUCGAGCCCUGGACCCCAGUAUUUUGUGGACGCAAAGAUCACCCGGUUUGGGAGAGAUGGAACACCUGCCUACUCCAUGCUGGGCAGAAUGAGGAAGACAGGUGUGAUCCGAACCCCAGGGCCAGGAGCCUACAGCCCUGAGAAGGCCCUCCCCAACAGCACCCAGCGCCGACCGCCCUCCUACAGCAUUGGGGCACGCACCCUCUACCGCUCCCUCGACACCGUGCCCGCGCCCAACAAGUACACACUGCCCGCCGUCAUGGGCGCACACGUGCCCACCAAAGCUGCCAGCGCCAGCUUCUCCAUCUCUGGACGAUGCCGUUCGGGCACCGGCUCCGAGGAGUUCUCCAAGACGCCUGGGCCCGGUCGCUACAACAGCACGGACCCUAACGUCUACCUCCAUAAGCAGCCGGCCUUCUCCAUGCUGGGCCGGCACCGGCACGGCUUCCCGGCCGACUCCUCCACCCUGAAGCCUGGCCCGGGUAGCCACAACCCGGAGAAGGUGGUGGCACACAAGCCCCGGGCUCCGGCCUUCUCGCUGGGCAUACGCCACUCAGAGUUCAUCACUCCUCUGGUGGUGGACGUGCUGGAUACCUAG